UUUAAAUAUCAGUGCGCGCUCCCGGUCCAAAGGAAAGAGCCGGAGGAACCGAUAACCCGCUUCCCCCGUUAACAGCCUGGUCUCCGCGUUAUUAAUACACCCCGGGUCGGUAGCACAAUGUCUGAAGAAAAGCCGAAGGAAGGAGUGAAGACGGAGAACGACCACAUUAACCUCAAGGUGGCUGGUCAGGAUGGGUCAGUUGUACAGUUCAAAAUCAAGAGGCAUACCCCGCUCAGCAAACUAAUGAAGGCAUACUGCGAAAGACAGGGAUUGUCAAUUCGUCAGAUAAGGUUUAGGUUUGAUGGACAGCCAAUUAAUGAAACAGACACACCUGCACAGCUGGAGAUGGAGGAUGAGGACACUAUUGAUGUAUUUCAACAACAGACAGGAGGAGUUUGUUCUUAAGUUGGAGGUGGACUCUUGGAAGAACAUCCACACCAUUAUUUUCAUGUUGUAUUUGUUUAUUUCUGUUUUUACUUAAUCCCCCCCCCCCCGCUUGGCUAACAUGUCAGGCUCUUCACAAAACACAUAAAGAAGGUAGAGGUUUUUCAAAUUUGCGGGCCAAUCCUAACUUUGAGAUGCAAGGGUAAUCUAUUUUGCUUAUUAUUAUUAUUUUAUUUUAAUGUGUUUUAUUCACAUAAAUGGAUGAUUUGAAAUAUUGUCCAAGGCAGGGACACAUCUCGGAUCAGAUAUGGCUCGUAAUGUAAAAACCCACUGUGUUCUUCUGAUGUUGAGAGGAACUCCUGCAUGUCUUCAUAAAGCAUAAGCUAAACUCCAUGCCAAAAUCUUUUUUUUUUUUUCUUUUCAUUUUAAGUUUUCCAAAUUGUUGUAAGCAUUCAAAUUUGACUAUUUUUAAUUCAUGUGCGUGAUAUGAUUGCUAUGGAGGAAAACCGCUGGAAAGGGGGCCUGCUUUUCUCUCUAUAGGUGGAAAUGGCGCUAUGACAUACAACAAACUUUUAGUAGAAUUUUAAAGGAACAGGUAAAUAAUUAGUUGUAUCUACGCCCAUUUUACCUUCAACCUUCAACAUUUGCUAAAACAAACACUUGCUCGUGCCGAAAAAGAUCCAUAUGGAUGGUUUACCUCAAUACUGUCACACUCAACACGGAUUUAAGUGAAUGGUAAAUAAAGUACAGUAAUGUUUCUGGACCAAAAAGCUAAAUGAAUAGUCUUCUUUUAUAAAAAGGGUUUGGUUAAUAAAUGUAAAAAGUUACCGUGACUGUAACAGUGGUCUAUGUUGCUGCACAGCAGGAGAACAGUGCUCUUGAUGUGUAAAUUGAUUUUUUUUUUUUUCUUCUUCCACCUUUCAGGACAUGAGAAUAAAAAUAAUUCGCUUUUACCAGUCCAGAAAUUGAGUCAUCUCAUCUAAGGGUAUAUAUAUAUUUCAAUCAGUGUA